ACAAUUCACUUCCGCGGAGGCGCAGUUGGAACAACUUGCAUGGCAAGUAACCCGCCAACUAUGAAUACAGACAUUUCCUGCGCGUUUAAUUAAAACCGCCGCUUUGAUUUCUUCUAGCAUUAUAUAGCUUUGGAAAAGACAAUAAAUCGUUUACCAGUUUCAGCAAAUGGCAGAUGAUUACACGCACUCUCGUGAUGAUAAUGUUUCUGAAAAGCCGCAGUUUUAUGUGGGGUUGGAGAGACGUCUUGCCGAUUUGAAGGGGCUUUUGUUCCACAACCAGGUGUCGAUCAUUGUCUCUCUGCAAUGAUCUCCAAGUUAAAGAUUAUUUUCACAACAAUGUGAUCUUUGCAAGAGUUUCACAAUCUCCAGACCUAAAUGGGAUAUUAGAGACUAUAUGGGAGAAGAUAACUGGAAGCAAAAGAACAGAGUUUAAGGAUGUGGAAGAUGCGCACACAGAGCUACAACAAUUCAUUUUAAAUCAAUCCAAGCCAAUUCUAAUUAUUUUGGAUGAUGUUUGGUCUAAGGAAAUUUUGAAAAAGUUAUUAUUUGAAGGUUCGGGAUGCAAAACUGUCAUUACUACCAGAGACAAGUCUACCAUACCCACAAACCCCUCUACACAACUCUAUCAACUACCAUUGCUGAGCCCAAAGGAUGCUCUCUCACUUUCCUCCUUCUGGGCUACUGGACAGACAUCAAUUUCAAGUGAUACAGAUGCAAAUAUAAUGCAGGAGGUGGAAUCAAAAUGUGGUGAUCUGCCACUUGCUCUAAAGCUGUUUGGAAGUUCUUUGCAAGGGGAAUCUCAAGAUGCCUGGAAGAACAAGCUUUCUAAUGGAGAAUACAUGUCAGAUUAUCACAAAGAGGAGUUAUUCAGAUCAUUGCAAACCAGUAUUGACUCCUUAGAUGAUGUAACCAAGGAGUGCCUUUUAGACUUAGCAAUAUUUCCAAAGGACAGAAAAAUAUGUGUCGAUGCACUAUUGGACAUUUGGGUUUACGUUCGAAAGCUACAGAAGCAUGAUGCUUUUGCUAUCUUAUCACAACUUGCAAACAAAAAACUGUUAAAUUUUACCAGCAAAUCAAGGGGAAGCACAACAAUCUCAUAUAAAAAUGCCUCGGAGAUGUACAUUUCUCAACAUAAUGUAAUGCGAGAUUUGGUAUCGUAUUUGGCACACAAAGACAACGCAGUCCACAACAAGAGGUUGGUCAUAACAAGGACGGAGAGUGGUUUGCUAAGUGAAGAGGAGUUGAUUAAUGAUAGUGUUUUGGACACUCAAAUCCUCUCUGUUCUCACAGAACCUAUGGAGGAAAAUCACUGGCCCGAUAUUGAAUUUCCUGAGACAGAGGCUCUGUUGUUAGCCUUCACUUCAAGAGAAUACUUUCUUCCCUCGUUUCUGAAAUCCAUGAAAAAACUUAAGUUUUUGAUGGUAUUCAAUUGCUGUACAAAGAAGGCAACAGUGAAAGGUCAAGAAGUCUUAUCUUCACUCCCUCAACUCAGGAGUGUCCGUUUGGAGAGAUUGAUUUCACCGCUUGUUGAGAAACAGAGCAUUGAAGAAUUACAGAGCUUAGACAAAAUAUCUUUGAGCUUAUGUGAAGGACUCAGAAAUAUAUCCACAUUCAACACAACCAAGGUACAAUAUUUUAACCUGGACCACAGCAGUGAUUUGGAAGAGUUGCCCCUUGAGAUCUGCAAUAUGCCGUCUGCCCUGUCAUGGUCUAUUACCAACUGCCAUCUGCUUCAGAAUUUACCAUAUGAUCUUGGAAAUAUGAGCCAACUAAGAAUAUUAAGGUUAUCGGCAUUACCAGGCCUGAAGGAGCUUCCAGUUUCAAUUGGAAAACUUGAAGAGUUGGAAUAUCUGGACAUUUCAGUAUGCGAGCGCUUGAAAGAGCUUCCAAAGGAAAUAGGGCAACUCAAGAAAUUAAGGGAGUUUGAUAUGAGAGAAUGCUCUCGUUUGAGAAGGUUACCCACAGCUGUUUCUGAACUAAGUUCCCUGAAGCUUGUUGUGUGUGAUGAGAAGAUUGGAAAGCAGUGGAUGAGGGCUAAGAACAUUUCUAUACCGGAGCUUACAGUUGAAAUUGUGGAAGCACGGUUUAGUUUGGAAUGGCUUGAUGAUUAACUUAUUGUGAAAUCCUAACAUCCUUCUUCAUACCCAAAUGCAUGAAUAGUUUAAAAGAUGAGGGUAUUAUCAAGGAUGAAAUCGUGCUGCAGGCUAAGUGUCUUCGAUCAGCAUGAGGGUAAGGUCUCGCCAUCAGCGUGACACUUUAGCUCUGAUUAUACCCUCCAUGCGUCUACAGCAAAUAGCGGUAUUACCUGAUAAUGCCCAGCUUGAUUUGGGAGAACUGUUUCCGACGCUUGUUCAAUACAUCUGAAGAGGCUUGGAGUUUAUUCUGGAUUGACUGGGGUGCUUGAUAGAUUACCCAUGCUACCUUCUUGCGUCGCUAAUUUGCGUGGAUUGAAUAGUUUGUAUCAACAAUGUAACUGUUCUUGUAAUUUUUGUGCCCCAAAUGUCGGGGGCUCUAUUAUGGUUUGCCUUGCUGUUCGCUUCUUUCUUGUUUUGCUUCUGUAGCUGUUCCUUCUGGAGCUGGUCAAUUCGCUGCUAUGACUAUGACAUUGUAUUUCUUUCAAAUAAUAAAUAAGUAGGG